AUGGCGUCCCCUACCACAGGUGGUGUGCCUGAGAGAGCUGGCGGACACAAGAGCAGCAAGGGCCUCUUUCAGUUCUCAUGCAACGACGAUUCGGAUGAAGAAGAGCUUCUUGGUCUCCAAGCCCUCCCGGCUGCGACUCGUGAAACUAAUCAAGACGUCGAUAUCAUUGAUCAAGAGCUUCAAAAUGCUUUACUUGAGAACGAAAAUGAGACUGACCUUGAAAACACAUCUACAGUCCAAUACCAGAACAAUGAGGAAGCAACCGACAUGUUUGUCCCUGCUGAUGAGGGAGGGCGAGAAAGUAACUCAAUUCCCGACAAUACUGCAGUCAAGCUUGAGCCCGAAUCUGAUGACGACCUCAUGAUGAUCGACCCCGCGCAAGCUCCUGCCACCGCUCAGACCAAGUGGGCCAAGACACGAGGCCCUUGGACCAUUGAUUUGACAAACAUUAAGCAAGAGCCGAAUGAAGCCGCCUCUCUUGGUUCAACUCUGUUCCCAGAGACAGAGAAAAAUGCUGCAAUUGAGGCGCUUGAAGCACGAAAAGCCGAGUUGACGUCGAUGGCUCUGCGCGGUGCGCUAAGCCCAACAGAUCUUGCAGAGCUAUUGCAGAUACCUGCCCAGCUAAAUGCUUUGGCCAUGGCUGAGUCAAACACUAGUCACAGAAGGAAUCAAGCUGAAGAACAGCAAAAGAAACCUAGAAAGUCAAUGACGAAAGAAGAAUACUGGGCAGAGAGAGAGAAGAAGGAGAGGAACAAGAAACAAAACCUUGACAGCACGAGUCGCAAAAGGGGCGCACAGGGCAGCAGUGGCGGCAAAUCGAAAAAGCCCAAAACAUCAGCAACCACCACCAACAUCCCAGACGAUAACAGUUACUUGGAUGAAAGUAUCCCAGAAGACGAUGAAGUCCAGCGGCAGAUCGCUGAAAUGCUCAAGCCUGUAGACGCUAUCAUGGAGCGAGCCGAACAGUGGGAGGUGCAGCCUGAGCCCAACAUCAAAGCCACCAACAAACCCGAUCAACUGAAGCAGAUGAGAGCUGCCGCUGCCGAUUAUCUCGACAAAGACCUGCUGGAAAAGCAGGAAAAGGAGCUACGAGACGCGACCAGAGCCUGGGGGCCCCGGGUUGUCACUCCUAAAGAUGGAAAUUGGGAGGUAAAAGGCAUCCUGAAGACACCUCUACUUAACCAUCAAAUCGUUGUUGGCGCCUGGAUGAUGGGCCGAGAGCUAAAGAAUACCCCCAAGCUUCCUCGCGGCGGUAUUUUGGCUGAUGCAAUGGGGCUGGGUAAAACUAUUCAGACCUUAUCUUGCAUUUCAGGCAAUCCUCCGUCGGAAAAGCUGAAGGACAAAGGUAAGGGUGCGACGCUCGUGAUUUGCCCAUCUCAGCAAAUGCUAGGCGUAUGGGCAUCUGAGAUCAAGAAGCACUGCCACAAGAGAUUCGCCAGGGAUGUAGUGCGAUAUAAGGCAGAUAAUAAAAUGGACAUCGAGCUGCUGGGGUCCUUUAACAUUGUAUUGGCAACUUAUGGUCAAUUGCGAGACAGUCGCCCGACAGCCAAGAAAAGGGCAGCAAUACAUCAACAGAGGCUGGAUCCUGAAGAAUACAACAAGUGGCUAGAAGAUCAGACGGGUGACCUGCACCGUAUACAAUGGUACCGCGUUGUUUUGGAUGAAGCGCACGCCAUUAAAAACCACAACACGCACAGUGCUCUUGUUUGUACUGAGCUAAAGUCCAAGUACCGAUGGGUUGUAAGCGGGACUCCACUGAUUAAUUCGGAUACUGAAUUCUUUCCCUAUCUUAAGUUCAUUGGUUGUCACGGCAUCAAGAACUUUAGUGACUACUGCCGGGAAUACGAGAAUGAAAAGGACGGGCACAUUAAACGGAACAGACUCAUUUCACAGAUAAUGUACAGAAGAACACAAAACGACUGGUUUUUAGGCAAACCCAUUUUGAAUCUUCCGGCCACGCACCCACAACACCAGUACUUGAAGCUUUCUCAAGAGGAGAUGGUAGUAUUCAGAAUGAUGGAAAGAUGUUUCAGACGCAGGGUCAACUGUGACUUAGAAAAAGGCGGAGAAGAGUACGCUGAGAAGCAAAUCAAUUGCUACUUGACCAUUUUGCUUCGCCUUCGCCAGGCUGCCACUCAUCCAUUCCUACUUGAGGGAAUGAUGGGUGAAUAUUUCACCAUAUCAGACCUCCGCACGACGAAAAGGCGACUUUCAGAGUUGAAGGGCAAGAAGACUUUAUAUGAGCACAUUGGCUCGUUGGAACAACGACGAGCUAUGUCGAAUGAACGAGUGAAGGAAGUUAUUGAAGAAUUAGAGCGAAGGGCGCAAGAGGCAGCCAAGUUUACAACUCACGAAGCAGACGAGGAAGAGACCGAGUCAGCCAAUGCCAAGCACGAUGAAGAUGGCAACUCGGGCGCCUCGAAAGCGUCACAGCGGAAGCAUCAUAAUAAACAUGCAGUCGUCGCCUCUGUUGAAGAUGUCGAUGGAAUUGACAGCCAGGACGAGGCAGAAGAAGAUGCCGACGGCAUGGUACCCGAUAAAUACCUAACCCCAGGCGCCGCAGUCAACAGUGGCUGCGCCAGUACCGACACCCCUCCGAUUAUGUCACCACUUCAACCUUUUGGUCGAAGUGAUUUUGGUCUACAUUUCGACAUGGACAAGCAACUGGAGUAUCUGGAACGGCUAGAGGAACUCGAGCUUUCCCGUUGUGUUAUAUGCCAGGCAAAGCCUCCACUUCUACCUCUCAAGGGGCAGGGAAGGAAUUGCCCCAAAUGCAAGAAAGUGGUCGGCAGACCCAAAGCACUCGAACCAUUUAGAGCGGAUGGCAUUGAAGACGACCCGAACCCAUGCAUGGAUGCUAGCCCACGACACAGAAAGACCCAUGAGAAAGAAUACACCUUGGGAUUCGAUCACAAUGGCUUUCAGCACUACGAGGAAGAAAAGAAAGAUAAGAACGGCAAGGACAAGAAGCCAAUUCGUUUCUUACAAAUCAGCGACAAGCAGACCGACCAACCUGUCACGCCGAGUGCCAAAAUGACGGCAUUAAAGGAGACUGUGCUGAGAUGGCAGGCCGAAGCCCCGGACGACAAGAUCGUCAUUUUCAGCCAGUUCAACGUCGUCAUGAAAGUCGUGGGCCGCAUGCUGGAGGCUGAAGGGAUCCCUUUCAACUACCUCAGCGGCAAACAAACGACCGAGCAGCGUGAGAAGGCAGUGAAAGACUUUCAGGAGGAAGGUACUGUCAAAGUCCUCAUCGUCUCACUGCGCGCGGGCGGACAGUGCCUCACACUUACUCGCGGAAACCGAGUCAUUUUGAUGGAGCUGUGGUGGAACCACGCCGUUGAGCAGCAAGCUUUCUCCCGCGUCUUCCGCAUCAGUCAAGCAAAGGAAACACAUUUCGUCAGGUUCAUUGUCGAUACGCCUAUAGAGAAACGUAUGCUGUCGAUGCAGGUCCGUAAAAUUCUUCGCAUUGACGCUGCUCUCCAAGAUGAGGGUGUCAGAAUCCCAAAAGUUGGUCUUGAAGACAUCGCCGAGCUUUUAGGAAAGGUGGUCCGAAAAAACGGCGUUAUGCAAAUCGUUGCCGAUUACUCUGAUGGCGAAGACGAUUACGAUGACGAUGACGAUCAUCCUCACAUGCACGGGCGUAAAGGCGCUCGACGUGCGGCCGUGGAUGACGACGUCGAAGACCUUGAAGGCUUUGUUGUUCCUGACGAAGAUGUUGAGCGCGAGGACAUCGAAGAAUCAGAAGUCUUGACCGACGCGGAAUCCGAAGAGUAG